AACAGAUAUUUGUGCUAGCAUCAGCGGCAGUCCAGCAGUUUUUCAGCAUGUUUUCUCAAAAUAUGAUUAUUCGCGAUGGUGAAUAUACGAAGACAAUAUACACGAUGAUCAAAGAGGAACGAUUCCAGGAUGCUAUCAACACGCUAAAUACUAUCCCGGAAUCAUCAACAACCCGUGCCGGGUUGUCUCUUCUGGGCCACUGCUACUACCAAAUGCAGGACUUUAUAGAGGCGGCUAAUUGUUACGAGCAUCUGAUUAAUCUCGUACCGGACGUGCAAGAGUAUCGGCUGUACUACUCCCAAUCCCUGUUCCAGGCGGGACUGUUUGAUGAGGCACAAAAAAUCAUAGCAACCGGGUUGGAUUCACCCGAGUUGAAGGAAAAAGUGUUGCAAUUGCAGUCGGCCAUUGCCUACGGUAAUGAGGAUUACACGACAGCACAGUCCUUGCUGUUACAGCGUCAGGACGGGAAUGGACAGGAAGCAAGUACCAAAAAUGACGAAGGCUGUCUACUGUACCAGGCGAACAUGUACGAGGACGCUCUGCAACGGUACGUGUCGGCACUGCAAGCGGGUGGGUUUAAUCCACACGUCGCCUACAAUGCGGCCCUGUGCCACUAUCGGCGUAAGGAAAACUCGCAGGCUUUGAACUAUAUCGCCGAGAUCGUGGAACGUGGUAUACGAAAUCAUCCGGAGCUGGGUGUUGGUGCGCAGGCGGAAACCGAAGGUGGUGCGCGUAGUGUUGGGAAUCCUCCUGCGUUGGCUGCUUCUGGGCUUGCUCAAGCAUUCAAUCUGAAGGCAGCGAUCGAAUACCAGGAAGGGAACGUUGAAGGAGCCCGUGAGGCAUUGACCGAUCUACCACCACGCUCCGAACCGGAGCUUGAUCCGGUAACGCUUCACAAUAUGGCACUAACUGACCCGACUGGAGGUGGGGCCGGCCUUCGACGGUUAGCGUUCCUGCUCGAACUUGGACCACCAACCUGUCCGCAGGAAACGUUUGCUAAUUUACUGCUGCUAUGCUGCAAGCACGAAAUGUACGAUACAGCUGCCGAUAUCCUGGCCGAGCAUACGCACCUCACGUACAAGUAUCUUUCGCCGUAUUUGUACGAUCUGCUCGACGCAUUGAUUACCGCUCAAUCGACGCCAGAGGAAGCGGAACAGAAGCUUGGUACGCUGGCCAACAGCAUCGGUGGUAGAUUGCGGUCACUGGCGGCUAAGGUGCAGGAAUGUCGUUCGGCCACCGAUCAGAACGCACUGCGGAUGGCACUGCGGGAGUACGAGGGUGCGCUUGAAAGCUAUCUGCCGGUGGCAAUGGCACGUGCAUGGAUACCCUGGCGUAUGGAUGAUUUUCAGGGCGCGGAACGUGAAUUUCGGGCCAGUGCGGAGUUCUGCUCCGAGACACCUUCCUGGCGGUUGCACGCCGCUCACGUACUUUUUAUGCGCGGGGAUCGGUACAAGGAAGCGGCCGCCUUCUAUGAACCGAUCGUACGCCAGAACUACGACGACAUCCUGUCGAUUCCUGCGUCUGUGUUGGCAAAUUUGUGCGUCGCGUACAUUAUGACUUCCCAGAACGAGGAAGCGGAAGAGCUGAUGCGCAAGGUGGAAAGGGCAGAGGAACGGAAGGGCAAUGCAACCGGGCAGUGUUUGCAUCUGUGCAUCGUGAAUCUCGUGAUUGGGACGCUGUAUUGUGCAAAGAACAACUACGAGUUUGGUCUGUCGAGGAUCGCUCAUGCAUUGGACGGCGGAUCGGGAGCGAGACUUUGCGCUGAUACCUGGAUCCAUGUGAAGCGGUGCGUUUUAGGAUUGUUGACGGGGAUGGCCAAACAGACGAUUGUGCUCCCUUCGAUCGCGUUGCAGGAAACGCUCAACUUCUUGCGUGCUUGCGAAGCGUAUGGAAUAACCAUACCGUCGGUGUUGACUGGACCGCUGGAGGAUUCCGGCGAGCAACCUCCGACCAUCGGACUAGAGGCACGAAAACUGCGAGCAUUGCUGUUGCGACUAAUGGAGUACAAGUGA